UUGAGGUUAGGGUGAAAACAUAGUAAACAAAUCUUUGAAAUUUUUGGCGUGUUUUUGGACAUUUCCUCCAUAUAGCGAUGAUCCAAGCAGCAGGAGCAGCAUCUGGGAUACCAGACAAGGCUUGGCAGCCGCACUUUGUCUCCCUGGACACGGCGAUGGGAGAGAUUUCCAUAGAGUUGUACUGGAAGCACGCCCCAAACACCUGCCGGAACUUCGCUGAGCUGGUCCGGAGGGGUUACUACAACGGCACAGUGUUUCACCGUGUCAUCAGAGACUUCAUGAUUCAGGGUGGCGAUCCCACGGGCACAGGCAGAGGCGGCACGUCGAUUUACGGCGGAGAGUUUGCCGAUGAAAUCCAUCCAGAUCUUAAGCACACCGGAGCUGGAAUCCUGUCGAUGGCCAACUCUGGUCCCAAUACGAACGGCUCCCAGUUCUUCAUCACCCUGGCGCCCACUCAGUGGCUGGACGGGAAGCACACGAUCUUCGGCAGAGUGCACACGGGGAUGCAAGUGGUGAAGCGCAUCGGAAUGGUGGAAACUGACAAGGGUGAUCGUCCUGUGGACAAUAUCCAGAUAGUCAAAGGACGAGUGGAGAAGUUCUAAGUGAAACGUGUAUUAACGCAUUUUUCCUUCUUUUUACAAUACAGCCGAAAUUCCGAACGCCAUAA